AUGGCUUCUUCAUUGGAACCCAAAAAGAUUUAUGACGUCUUCUUGAGUUUCAGAGGUGCAGAUUUGCGCAACAACUUCAUUGGCCAUCUUUACCAAGCUUUACACCGAGAUGGAGUAUACACUUUCCGAGAUAGUGAGGAAUUGAAAAAGGGAGAUCAAAUAUCGCCAGUACUUAUGAAGGCUAUUGAAGAAUCGUGCAUCGCAAUCAUCGUUUUCUCUGAGGACUAUGCUUCCUCAAGGUGGUGCUUGGAAGAGUUGGCGAAGAUUAUAGAGUCCAAGGAGCAAAAGAACCUCAUUGUUCUACCAGUGUUUUAUAAAGUGGACCCAAGAGAAGUGAGAGAGGGUAGAAAGAGUUAUCGAGAUCUCUAG